AUGCCGAAAGUCAAGACCGACAAGGCUGCGUCCGAGGCCAAGCCCGAGGCGAAGAAGAAGAGAGCGCGCAAGGCUGAGACGGGCAAGCGCGUGGUGCCGGACGUGAGCGUGCGAGGCCCUUGGUCGGAGGGCGAGCAGCUCCGCGCUCUGUGCGCCAUUCUGCAUCUCAAGGGCAUCAUGACGCUCACCGAGGUGGAGCGCCAGACGCUCGAGCGCUACACGGGCCGCAGCAAAGGCAGCGUGAACGCCUUUUGGUACACGACAGUCAAGGAGACGGUCAAGGCCGUUGGUCUCGAGCUCGAUGCGCUACCGGCGGGCCCGAAGAAGGACGAGGAGUAG